CAAUCCAAAAUGAAGAAGCGGGAGUAGCGCUGACCUACUGUGUUUCCGACUUCCUAUGCGCCCUCUUUCAAUUUUCGAUUCCAUGACCAUGGGAAAUCCAAACGACAAUCUCUCCGGCUCUCCCCGAAGCAAACGCCCUAACGCAAUUAGAAGUUACCUGCUGCCGUUAUAUUUCUGAAUCAGACGUUUUUUAGUUGAGUCUCGAGAUUAACUGCACCAGUUGAAUUAAUUUCUUUCUGAAUCUUAUCCAGUCAGAAGUUUGAAGUAGAGUAAUCUUUCAGAAUUGGACGUUUUUAUCCGUUUUACUGUAUUUCUCAAUUCUGUUUUGGGCUCAGUGGAUAUAAACAACAAGAGAACAGUUGACUGCUGAGCAUAAGUGAAAAACGAAAAAAGAAAAACAAAAAUGGAACAAUUUAAUGAAGCUCAAGGUGGGAGCUAUGUUAGCAUUUCUGCUGUCUCUGGGAUAUUAGAGCUUGAACAAAUUCUGAAACAGAAAACCUUUAGUAGGUCUGAAGCAGAUCCACGCACUGGACAAGAUCCGAAAAGAUUAAUGGCGUCACCACGAUGCCCAGCGACACUGGAGAACCUCCCUAGUGAUAUUUUAUUAAAAAUUUUCAUCCGUUUAUUGGCAAAACAACUUGCUAAAAUGAGGUGCUACACCCGUGUCGAUUUCCACAUCUCGAACUCACUAAUUUCAUCAAACUCCCCCCCUGUUAUUCCCGAUUCUGAAGAUACUACUGGUGACAUGAUCAGUGUUAUUGGUUCUGUUCAUGGUUUAAUAUGCUCUCGUUACUCUGAUAGUGGCAUUCAAAUUUGGAACCCUUCUCUCUCAUCUGUGUUAACUCUCCCACCACAUUACAUACCCUGCCGAGGUCCUUAUGAAAUCUUUUUCCAGUUUGGGUUUGAUCCAAAAACCGAUGAUUACAAAGUAGUUAAGGUUAUAGGACUUACUGCACCACACAUCGGGCAACCUGAUCUUUUACCAUAUCCUGUAAAAGAGUGGUUGCAGGUUGAAGUUUAUAGCAUGCGAAAGGGUUCCUGGGGAUUCAUCACUCAAAAGUUUCCAUCGCGCGUCACAGAGAUUUUUUUACCCGAAAACGUCUGUGUAGAUGGACAUGAUGGCCAUCUUCAUUGGCUUGGUUAUAUUGGUGAGGAGGGGGAUCGACUAAUGAUAGUGGCCUUUGAUAUGGGAUCAGAGACAUUCAGUGAGAUGACUCUUCCGGUUCCAGACGUUGUGAUAGACUGCAAUGGCUGCUAUCCUUUAGGGGUUUUGGCGGGAAAGCUUUGCUUUAUCACAUGGGUGGCGAAUGAUGAUGUGUGUGAGGUGUGGGUGAUGGAGGAGUAUGGGGUGGCUGAAUCAUGGGUUAAACACCAUGUGUUCUCGCAGUUUAGUUAUGGUGCACCUUCGUUUGGAUUCACGACACACAGUGAGUUUGUUAUUGAAGAUGAUGAUCGUUGUCUUGUUUUGUAUGAUCCAAUUGCAGACAAGGCUAAAAUUUUGGAGAAAUAUUGUCCUAAGUUCGGCACAAAUAAAAUUGUGGAGUAUGUUGACAGUCUUGUUUGGGUAGCACCUUCUGUGAGAUGA